AUGGACCCAAUCUGGGUUAAGCUUGAUCGCUUUCUUGUCAACUAUUCUUGGGUGGAUAACUUCCUGAAGAUUCUCCAGAAAAGUCUCCCUCGACUUGGAUCCGAUCAUGUGCCUAUCCCCCUUGAGGUGGGUACAUUUUGCUCUGUCCCAAGACCAUUCCUUUUUGAAUUGGCUUGGACCACUUCAGAUGGUUUCCUGGAGCUUGUUUCUCAUUGGUGGAUGGAUCUAACUCCAAGAGAUAUUUCUAAGGAGACUAUCUGUUUAUCGGCGUUGGAAUCUAGACAGGAGCUGAUCCUAUUGGAUAGGCUUGAGGAGACCCGUAAACAAGAAGAGAUUUAUUGGAGACAAAGAUCGAGGCUUCAAUGGCUUAAGGAGGGUGAUGAAAAUACAAAAUUCUUUCAUGUUGUGGUGGGCGAAAAAAUAGAAAUUUCAUCCCUUGCUUAUUUCAUAAGGGAUGCUUCCUUGUCUAAUUCUAAGGAUAUCAGUAAGGUUUUCACUGCUCGUUUUCAACAGUAG